CUGGCCUCCAGGCUGGCCGACAUGGACCAGCAGCUAGUCCAGCAGCAGGACCUCAGGCACGCAGUCCAGGUGCCAGGUCGCCUCCUAUGGAAAAUAACGGACUUCGACCAGAAAAUGGCAGACGCCAAGGAGCAUGAUACCGCUCUUCAUAGCCCUAUAUUUUUCAGCCAACAGUUCGGACACAAGUUAAGGUUGGAAGUUCACCUAAAUGGAGUGGGCCACUGGAAGGGCCGCAACAUGAUCGUGGGCUUGCAAGUGCUGCCGGGAGACUGGGACGCCCUGCUGCCGCAGCCAUUCAAUCGCAAAGUGUCCGUCACCCUGAGGGACCAAGCCCCCAACUCGGAGCAGGCAAACAACCUGAUGAAAAUUUUGAAGGCUGGAACAACCAAAGAAGAUCCUGCUGGCUACCACCAGUUCUUUCCUCACAAGACGAUGCAGCAGUUCAGUUACAUCAAAGACAACGCUAUAUACCUUGAAGUCACUGUAGAGUAACAUAUCCAAGUGCACUUCCAUGUGAACCGAGUGCAUUGGUGGAAUCGCCUGUUUUUAAAUGGAUAAUUUAACUUUACAGAUUUCUCUGUUUGACCGCGUAAUGUGAAUGUUUUGUUAUUGUAACGUAUAUAAAACAAUCGUUCUGGUUGUUUUCAAUUGAUGCGUCAGCAGCAGCGGAGAAGUCUAAGGUCAU